AUGAUAAGACAAAAGUCCGAAGACUACCACCUGGAUGGGCCACCGGACCGUUCGGGUGGUAAUGGAGGUGGUGGUGGCGGUGAAGGACUCACAUCACCCGGGAUGAAGCGCAAAAACGAGUCCACAUUUCGUCAGCUACAGAACGAUGUGAUGGGUAAGGCUCGCUCGACACUGAGCACCCUCGGCGACGUGUGGAAGACGAGCAAGAGCACACUGUCCGGUAGUGGCGGUACGUCAUCGGCCGGUGGAGGACAAAUGGCGGAACAGUAUCACGAUACCGGUGGUGGUGGCGACGGUGGUUACGAUGGUGGCGGUGAUAUGCAGGGCGGAGUCGAAGCACAGUUCUCCACACCUCCGCGGAGUCCCAAAUCGGCAAAAGACAAGAGCUCGCUUGAUUUCUUCCUGUGGCCGAAGGGUAAGAGCAAAGAUGGAUCGUCCAAGAGCAGCCAGAAGAAGGAUAAAUCGUCCAAAAACCAACCGGCGACGGGGUAUGGUGGUGGAGACACUCGAGGCACCAAAGAACCGUCGGGGACGGGUACGAUCCGUAAGCCCGGACCGGGACCUGGCGCUUCCGGAGCACGUGGAGGUCCGCCGAACCAUCAUCAGCAGCAACCCAUCACUUCCAGCACCCAACAUUACCAGCAUUCAUCGAGGGUGAUGAAAUAUCGGUACGAUUAUCCCGACAGUCCAGGUCAGGACUUCCGACAACGGUCACUGGACGAAACGAGUGAAUACAGCAGAUCGAUGGAAGACAAUAUGGCGUAUGUAGGCCGUGAGGAACAAGGUGGUCUCGCCUCGGACCGUUACGGCGAAUACUACUCCGACAGUAAGGGACGACCGAAGUCAUACAAUGAGAAAUAUUCCUCCCAGUACUAUGACUACUCCCCGGGCUACGAUCACCCACAUGCUUCCUCCUCACGAUCACACCCCCGAUCUCACCAACGAAAUGCGUUCGAGUACGACGACCCGGAGGACCAAGAUGAUCUCGAUAGGCCACCAAGCCCUGGACAGGGAGCUAGCUCCACCACCACCACCACCACUAGUCAAUCGAACUUACGCAAAUCCACCGGAGCUCCGGGCACCUCCAACAUGUCUUCCAAUGCAGCCGCUUCACCACCCGUCCAAAAGCACAUCCUGUUCAAUGAAGAAAACGACAUCCUCUACUUCAAGGAAAACCAGCGACCUUCCAAGACAAAGUCCCUGAACGAUCAUCAAAGCCGGACGGAUAAGCAACAGCAGCAACACUCGGGCAUACGAGGACCCGCCAAAUCUGCCUCCUACCCUAAAGAUGGACAUCAUCACCAUCAUCUCCAGCAGCAGCAGCAGCAGCAGCAACAGCAACUUUCUCCUGCACAACCACUCCUACCUGCCCCAUCUGCACUGCGUAAAGUGUCACGGGACGAGCGACAGCAGCAGCAACAGCAACCAACUCCUCAACAACGGUCAGCCCCAACGACUCCCUCUUCCAACAACGAACCAAACAUCAUACGAGCGACAUUAAAGUUAGAAAAGUUGUCCAGUACUGGUGCACCUCUCGGGAACACUGAACAGCAGCAGCAGCAGCAACAACAACAACUGCAGCAGCAGCAGUCGGACUCUCCCAAACCGAAGGGCAUCCAGAAGCAGUUCAGUACGAUUGUUAAUCUCCCACGGGGGAUGAGUAGCACCUUACCGCGUGGCGGUGCACUCGAGUACGGCUCCAAGGCCGACGGUCGCACCGGAACGAUUCCCGAGGAAAAUAUGGUUGGAGAAAGCGAGAAGCGAACGACCGGACGGAAGAUUUGCUUCCAGGACGAACCGGUGGACGUGAGCGAACGUGUCAAGUGUCAAACCUUGCCCCGCAGUGCGGCACGCAGUUCCGUACGGACGUCGACGAUAAAAUCCACCACGGAACCAAACAUCGAUCCCAGUGUGAACGAAUACUUGGACACGGAUAUGACCCUACCGCGCAGCGGGAGUCUUGAUUCGGACCUAGAGUCACAAGCCAUGCGGAUUGUCAGAACCGUUGGCCAAGCAUUCGAAGUGUGCCACAAGCUGACCAUACAGGACAGCGGAGACAACCUCGGUGACGACCACUCGGAACUGUCACCGUGCGAUGUUUCCGAACAGGAUCGGUGCUCUGAUCGCAUCAGCGAAGAUGACGAUAUCAAAAAAGAUCCGGCGAUAGCGACACACCACGAUUCGCCCCGUUUGACUCGACCGGACCAUUUGGAUCUGGCGAUGUUGGCCCCGGUACCGUCGUCACCAGCCGCCACCAGCAGUACCAGUCUGCAGCGAUCGUCCACAGCACAGGAAAAGGAACCACCCGAGGUGGGAUCAUCAUCGUUGGCCAAAUCCUCCCCGCUGUCGGCAUCGCGCGAAAUGACGAACCUGCGGGACCAGCUCGAUCAGCAGCAGCAACAAACGCGCCAAGUGCUCGCCCAGUUGAUGCUCGUCCGUGAGCAGCUCAUCUCGGAAACAAACGCCCGCAUGGAGGCUCAGGCACGUAUCCAGCAGCUGCUGCAGCAGAAUCGUGAGCUAUUAGAGCACAUUGCAUCCCUCGGUGGCUAUCACGAACCGGACCGACCGGGAUUGUCGGCUACCGCCAUCGGUAUCGCACCUCAGUUUUCCUUCUUGCAGCAGCAGCAACAGCAACAGCAGCAGCAGCAACAGCAGCAGCAGCAACAACAACAGCAGCAACAAUUGACUGAGCUGCUCAAUCUCGGCGCAGCGGGCCUGAACUUCACGCCUGCCCUGCAGCAACUGCACAAACUGCAAUCGCUUGCUGGCUUGGUCGCUGGAACCGGCCCCACCGCACCAACCAACCCACUGGCCGCCCAGCAGGAACUGUACAAGCUGAACCAAACGCUGCUGACACAGCUGUCUGGCGGUGCUUUCCCUGGUGCGUUCUAUCCCGGUGCCAUUCCGACCAGCAUCGCCCCGACCGGUGUAUCCCCGGGCGGAGUAGCCGCAACAGGCAUGCCAAACUUUAUGUUUGCCAACCCGAAUGCGGCCGCUUACGGGACUGGUUUGGGAGGCUCCUCGAGUAAACCGCCGUCCGCAGAUAGUUCAAGCAAGAACUCACCAACGGCAACUUCGUCCGGAUCGGGAAGGCUUAUCGGUGGGGGAACGGGUGGCGGAUUUCUAGCUGACACUGGUCAGCGCUCAAACCGCCCUUCGUAUGCGUCCUCCACGUCCACCCUGUUCGAUGAGCUUCGGUUGGCCCGUAGCCUGGAGAAGGGCAUGGAAUCGCUCCGGAUGGAAGACGAAGGAUCGAGCCCAUUCAUUAAGCCACUGUCCCAGGUCGGCACGCUUACCACAAUCGAUCCGGACGGCAAGGUGAAGGUGGUGGUACCGAUUAAUACAAACGAGCAGAUGGGUUCCACCACCGGUCAGUUGCAGCAGCAGCAGCAACAGUUAGACAUUCCGGCGGUUGGACCAAGCCGGAAGUCGGCCUCCUUCUCGGAGCUACCGACCGGGGCUAGCGGCAGUUCGGGCACUAGCGGCACGGCAAGUCAAGAGGGUAGCACCCGGAACGUUUCUAUACUGAAGGACACAUCACGCAGCAAGACAUCCAUUCCGAGCCUGGUCACGCUUAAGGUAACGGACGAGAGCGGUACCACCGUCACGAGGAAGCUACCGGCGACGCCCAGCUUCAUCACACGCAGCACCAGCGAGAAGGUGCCCAACCGCAGCCAGAUCAUGAGCCAGGUUCAACGCACCCAGUGGGCUCGUCACACCACCAAGUAG